CCAGCUCAGAAGAGACGAGAGAAAGGGAAAGGAAAGAGAGGGAAACAGAGAGAAAGAAACCAUCCAUUGUCAUAAGUUUACAAUCAAACAUAAUGUAUAUUGAAAUAUCUUACUACAGUGCAUUUAGAAAGCAUUUACUUUAUAAGAGAUUUUUUUAAAAAUUGUAUCAAUUUAUAAGUUGUCGCAGUUUUAUAUUGACUCUGCAGCAGUGUGAAGAAAACUUACGUUCCCUGAACUGUUUCAAGAGUAUUUCUUGGUGUUCGUUGAUCCUGAGUGGUGAGUUCACAGUAGUAGGAUGUCAGGGCAAUAUUCAGUUUGAUUCCCUGAGCACCAUCUGCCUUCCCUGGUGAACCAUACACUUGAACGCUUUGAAAAUUCUGGAAGUCACUUUCCCGAAAGACGGGAAAUGGACAGGCAGUGUUACGGUGGAUUUAGUGACUCAGAGCACGACUUUUACCGGAUCGAUUAUCGGACAAUUGUGGGAGAGAUGGACCCAACUCAGCCCCGAGGUGAUCAGUUCACCCCCGGGAUGGGACAUCCGAGUGGGUCCCACCACGGGCAUGGUCAUGAGACAGCAGCACAGCGAUACACUGCCACCAGAAUUCAAGCUGGCUAUGCACCUGACAGCAUGGCCGACUACCUCAUCAGCGGCGGCACCGGCUAUGUGCCCGAGGAUGGUCUCACCGCGCAGAUACUGUUCGCCUCCUCUGAUGGACUCACCUACAACGACUUCCUGAUUCUUCCUGGUUUUAUUGACUUCGCUGCUGAUGAAGUGGACCUGACUUCAGCUCUCACCAAGAAAAUUACCUUGAAGACUCCUCUUGUUUCCUCUCCUAUGGACACAGUGACAGAGUCUAGCAUGGCGAUUGCUAUGGGGUUAAUGGGUGGAAUUGGCUUCAUCCACCACAACUGCACCCCGGAGUUUCAGGCUAAUGAGGUUCGGAAAGUUAAGAAGUUCGAGCAAGGCUUCAUCACUGACCCGGUGGUCAUGAGCCUCCAUCACACAGUUGGUGAUGUCUUCGAAGCAAAGUUACGGCAUGGCUUCUCUGGAAUUCCAGUAACAGAAACGGGAAAGAUGGGAAGCAAGCUAAUGGGGAUUGUCACCUCGCGAGAUAUCGACUUCCUGUCAGAGAAGGAUUAUGAUAUGUCCUUGAAUGAGGUUAUGACGAAGCGGGAAGACCUGGUUGUUGCUCCAGCUGGUGUAACACUCAAGGAAGCCAAUGAAAUUUUACAACGCAGCAAGAAAGGGAAGUUGCUGAUUGUUAAUGACAUGGAUGAGCUGGUCUCCAUAAUUGCACGGACAGACCUAAAGAAGAACCGUGAUUACCCACUGGCCUCAAAAGACUCAAGGAAACAGCUACUGUGCGGUGCAGCUAUCGGAACACGAGAGGAUGAUAAAUACCGGCUAGAUCUCUUGAUGCAGGCUGGGGUGGACGUUGUUGUAUUGGAUUCAUCCCAAGGAAACUCUGUCUUCCAAAUAAAUAUGAUCCGUUACAUUAAGCAGAAAUACCCAGAGUUACAGGUUGUUGGUGGAAAUGUGGUGACUGCAGCACAAGCCAAGAAUCUGAUCGAUGCAGGAGUGGAUGCACUACGAGUUGGGAUGGGCUGUGGCUCAAUCUGCAUCACCCAGGAAGUUAUGGCAUGCGGCAGACCUCAGGGGACCGCAGUAUACAAAGUCGCGGAGUAUGCUCGCCGGUUUGGGGUGCCAGUCAUUGCUGAUGGUGGAAUCCAGACGGUUGGACAUGUGGUGAAAGCUCUGGCCUUGGGCGCUUCAACAGUGAUGAUGGGUUCAUUACUAGCUGCUACCACAGAGGCCCCAGGUGAGUACUACUUCUCAGAUGGAGUGAGGUUGAAGAAAUACCGUGGCAUGGGAUCCUUGGAUGCAAUGGAGAAAAACACAAACAGUCAGAAACGUUACUUCAGUGAAGGUGAUAAGGUGAAAGUGGCACAGGGAGUGUCGGGAUCAGUUCAGGACAAGGGCUCAAUCCAGAAAUUUGCACCUUACCUAAUCGCAGGGAUUCAGCACGGAUGCCAGGACAUCGGAGCCAAGAGUCUUUCAAUCCUCAGGUCAAUGAUGUACUCUGGUGAACUGAAGUUUGAAAAAAGAACCAUCUCCGCUCAGGUAGAAGGAGGUGUGCAUGGUCUGCAUUCGUACACUUUUGUGCCAUUUACGAGAAGCGGCUUUAUUGAAGAAGGAGGUGUUGCCCACCAGGCUGUGGCUCCCAACGUUCCCUCCCCAUUGGCCGUUAAACCUCGCAGGCGUCCCUGACCACCUUCCUACGUCCCUCACGCAGAGGCAAUAACCCCACUCCAUGCCUCCUGGCUUGUGAUGCACAAUUCCUUUAUAUUUGAUUUUGGAUUUUUGUUACUUGGAGCCGUGAAGAAUGUAGCAAGAGGAAAAGCAGCAAUAUUACCACUGCACCCAGAAAGUGCGCAAGUUCUCGGUGUGACCACCUGUUGUUUACUCUGUAUUUUCCCGUGCCCAGGAAAUAAGCCGGAUAUAUAGCUAUUUAUAGCAAGAUUUCAUGAGUUUCACUGAACAGACUUGACCUGCAACUUCCUUUUUUGUCACCAGAAGUAUUUGUGCUUUUGUUCAAAAUGUAUAUGGAGGGUGUUGUGAAGAAAAAAACAUUCUUUCUCUGCCCCAACAAAAUGUCACUGAAAAAGGGAAGCAGGGAGAUUCUAGUUUACAUUAUUACAUUCCCAUUGAAUACUAAACAUUUGAUGCAGUACUGUAAUGGAUGGAAGCAAGUUGAUUUUGAUUUGUCUUUUUUAACUGAUCCAAGGGAGAAAGUGAGGCUUUUGUAAUGGUUUGGAAAACACUAGGAAGCUGUUUUUACUGUUCAAAUUCUCAGGUGUAGGCUGGACAUCCAACCUGACUGAAGUCCCACUUACCUGGAUUGGAACAGUUGUGAGCACUGCUUUGGAACUGCUUUCAUCACCAAAGGAAGUGUGAACUUAUCCUGGGAUGCCUCUAAAUGAUAUCUCAUGGAUAAUGCCCCUGUUUUGUUUGAGAUAUGGAAAAUUCCUAUAAAAUAAGCAAGUUCUGAAUAAAGUCCAUCUCUUUCCCCUUUCAAUACAUGAAAACUGUUCUGCUUCAACCCCUUGCUCUAUUAAACAAUCCAAAUCCAGUUUGAUGUCUACAGAUGAAAGUCGAGAUCCUUUUAAGUUUAAUAACCACGAGUAUAUACUCAGCAGAUCUGCUGUGGAUUAGAAAUGUUUCUGCCACCUCCUGUUGGGUGAAACUUGUUGCGAAAUCUGACAAUGAUGCCUGUAAAGAAUGAAAUUUAAUAAAUGCAGUUUGGUUUUGAGAA